UUUUUGGAAAUCGAAAGAUGAUUUUUGGGAGGUAUAAAUAUCAAUGACAACUUUACUUUAGGUAUCACUCUCAUUGUUUUGUUUAAACUAUCACUAAGUGGAAAACUGGGAAUAAUGAAAACCUUUUUGUGUAUCCUUGCUGUGGCUUCAGUUGCUAAUGCAACCUUAGAACUUCCAAGCUUUCUUGGUGGAGGCAGUUCGGGCGGCAGACCUAGGGGCGGUCCCCGACUAAGUUCAGGAGGUGGUGGUGGUGGAUUGAGAGGUGGCCCAGGAGGUAGUUUGAUAGAUUCUCUGGGGAGCAGUUUGGGAAACACCUUGGGAGAGGGUUUGGGAGAAGGAUUGAAAGGCAUAACAAAAAUUUUGGGUGGCGGAGGACCAGCCAUAUCCACUCACCAUCAAUUGGAUCACAAUGUCAAUGUUGUGCAUCAUUAUGCAUCACAAAAUGGCGGUAAUGGGGGCGAUGGUGCUCAGGUGGUAGAGGUUGUUGGAGACAGUAAUGGAGCUGGAUGGCAAAACGCAGCCCAGCCAGAAGUGAGAGUGAUUAGGGUCAUUCACGAAGAUGCCGCUUCAGCACAUCACAGCCAUGGUCAAAGUUCAGGUGGUUAUGGUUCUGGAGGUCAUGUACAAAUUAUUAAAGUGCUGCACCAACAAGCCCCAGCACAAGGCGGCUGGUAAACCACGCUUACAAAAACAAUAGUCUUUAGUCUUUAAACGUACAUACAUCAUUUUCAAUAUUUCCUCGUAUGUUAUGGGGAAAAUCAUAUCUAAACUAGAUAGAAAUUUAAAAUACAAAAUAUUUACCUAUAGAA